AUGUCUUCGAGGCGACCAAUUUAUAUCAACGCCGCCGCUGUGACUAAGCGCUGUGAGGACUCACAGGCGGCUGCCGUCACGAAAUUCCAUCAGUCAUUGCCCAGCUACUCUCCAACUCCGCUGGUUUCCUUUCCAGAACUCGCGGCUGAACUUGGUGUUCGGGCUGUGUUCGUGAAGGAUGAGAGCAAUCGCUUCGGUCUGCCUUCUUUCAAGGUCCUGGGCGCAUCGUGGGGGUGUUUCCGGGCAGUUGCACAACAGCUUGGAUUGCCGCCGACGGCAUCUCUAGAUGAGGUUUCCACGGGCGCAAAAGCAAGCGUGAUUACUCUUGUCGCGGCGACAGAGGGGAAUCAUGGUAGAGCUGUGGCAUUCAUGGCCCGGCUUUUGGGAAUUGAUGCGCAAAUCUUCGUUCCUCGGUCAAUGGAUGAGCGUACCCGCGGCUUCAUCGCAGGGGAAGGCGCCUGCGUGGUGGUUUCGCCAGGAUGCUAUGAUCAAGCUGUAUUCGAGGCAUCAAAUCGGGCGAACAAGCUUCCUGGUGCUCUUUUGAUCCAAGACACUGCUUUCGAGGGAUACGAGAGUGUUCCUGCCUGGAUUGUGGAAGGUUACACGACCUUGAUGAAUGAGGCGGAGCAACAGGUCGCCCAGCUCGGCCUUACUACUAGUGUGAUGGUCACUCCUGUGGGAGUUGGCAGUCUUGCACAUGCAGUAGUUCGACAUUGCAAGUCCAGAAAGACUCCCGUGUCGGUUGUUGUUGUUGAGCCGGACUCUGCUCCUUGUUUGUCCAAGAGCUUGCAUGCUGGGAAAUCGAUCACUGUGGAGACAUCGUUCACGAUCAUGGACGGAAUGAACUGCGGCACUGUUUCGACAACUGCAUGGCCGGACUUACAGCGACUUGUUGAUGCGUGUGUCACGGUAUCAUCUUACGAGAGCCACGAGGCUGUCCAAUUCUUGACUUCCAAGUCAGUUCCAGCCGGCCCUUGUGGCGGUGCAUCACUGGCUGCACUACGCCGGCUAGCUGCAGAACCGAGUGCAUCACCCCUUCUACACAAAGAUUCUGUCGUCGUCCUUCUAAGUACCGAAGGUGCUCGCAAAUAUUCAAUGCCACGGGAUGUUUCAGUGGAAGAUGUGGUGGGCUUGACCCAAGUACUCACCCAGAUCAACUCUUCUAACCCCACACUAUCUGUCAGCGAUGGAGUUGGCGAGAGCGAAAUUGCAGAUUAUCUUUCUGCUUGGUUUUCUCACCGUGAUAUCGAAUGCCAUCGCGUGGAGCCAGUCGCUGGACGGCCAUCGAUCGUCGGCAUCCUUCGCGGGACUGGUGGGGGCAAGUCUCUCAUGUUUAAUGGACAUAUAGACACGGUCAGCCUUUCCAGUUAUGAGGCUGAUCCCCUUUCAGGAGCUUUGGGUGUCAAAGACGGCCAAGAAGUUGUUUUCGGCAGAGGUAGCUUGGAUAUGAAGGGUGGUGUGGCAGCAGCACUAGCUGCAUUGUCAUCAAUCAAAGCCAGUGGUCAGAUUCCACGUGGAGACAUCAUCAUUGCUGCGGUAUCUGAUGAGGAAGAUGCUUCACAGGGCACUCAAGACAUCCUGGCUGCUGGCUGGAGAGCCGAUGCGGCAGUUGUUGCAGAGCCAACCAUGAAAACCAUCGCGACUGCACACAAAGGCUUUGUGUGGGUCGAAGUUGACGUCUUGGGAGUCGCCGCUCAUGGAUCCGAUCCAUCGGCAGGCGUAGAUGCCAUUCUCCAUGCUGGAUGGUUCUUGCGGGCUCUUGACCAGUAUCAAGCCAAAUUACCCGCUGAUGAUCUUCUCGGGCAGGCAUCAAUGCAUUGCGGUUUGAUUCGAGGCGGCGAAGAGCCGUCCUCCUAUCCCGGAAAAUGCACAGUUACUGUCGAGUUCCGGACUGUUCCAGCUCAGACAGAGGAGUCUAUUCUUAGCGAUAUCAUCGCGAUGCUCCAAGAUAUCACCCUGGAAAACCCUCAUUUCCAAUACGCCGCCCCUCGAGUCACAAUGUCCCGUCCGACUCAGAAGCUUGCCAAAGACCAUCCUCUCGUUGAGAAAGCGGUUGAAUGCGGUGCUUCUAUCUUUGGAAGUAAGCCUGUUGUCCAAAGUGUGCCCUUCUGGUGUGAUGCAGCCCUUUUGGGCCAGGCUGAGAUCCCAUCGAUCGUUUUUGGUCCCUCGGGCGCAGGAUUGCACAGCAAAGAAGAGUGGGUCGAGGUUGAAAGCUUGAAAGAGAUGGAGAAAGUCUUCACUCGCUUGGCACAAGACUUUUGCAACUGA